AUGGAUGAUCUCUCAGUAGGUAGAACACCUUCCAUCUACUACGAUCGAAAGAUAAUCUAUCAUGUAACAAGUCCUGAUGGAUGCAGAUAUAAGUGCAACUUUCCUAAAAGUAUUGACGAUUUGGGAAAAGGAGAUGCUGCAGUAUUCUCAAACCACUUUUCUGUGAAGAAAGCAACUGGACUCAAAGCAAGAGGUGUAAUUAUUGUCUUUGAAAGUGGAGAAAGUCCGAUCUUCAUGCCUCACUUAAGCUCUGAGGAAUUAAAUCAAAAAAUCUAUAAUGACGCGUCUCAAGAAAUGCAUAUCUGGGUUGGAGACAUUCAUGAAUAUGUAUCAUCCGAUACUGAAUUGAAUUUUAGCAAUGGAAUGGUACCAAUCGUUUUGGGUGCCUACAAAGAGGACUACGAGAAUGUUCUUCCACCUCAUUCCUACAUCAACGUGGAUGACUUUGACUCUAUUCAGGAACUUGCUGAGUACCUUCAGUUCUUGGACAAGAAUGACACUGCUUACGCACAAUAUUUUGCUUGGACUAAACAUGGUCGAAUUAUCGUAAAUUCUGAUUCAGAUAAGAUGUUUAUUUGA